AGUAGCAUGUUGAGAUAUUUGUUGAACCUAAAACACCCGUAAGAAACAUAUCUCCGUAAAACUGUGCAAUAAAUCGAGGGUGGCUGGAGCUUCCCUGAGGAUAGCGUGGCGCCAUGGUGUACAUCGACCAUAAUGGGCGCGUGUGGGAGAAGCGUCCGUGGGACUGGCGACGGAUUGUGGAGCUAUUUGUCGGGAUAUGGUUUGCCAUUAAGCAGCUAUUCCUAACAUUCCUUGCUCCCUUUACGGGCAACAAUAACCAGGCCAAUCCGCGUCGCGGAAAUGGAUGGGGUGGCGGUGGAGGAUGGGGCGGCGGCGGCGGAGGUGGUGGCGGCGGUGGAGGAGGAAGACCUGGAUCAGGAUCAGGUGGACUAAGACCAAACCGCCGGAUCGGCCGCAUUCAGCCGACUAUGAGCUGCAAUAUGCCCGCUGGAGGCGGAUGAGGAUAGUAGCGACAUCCGGUUCCCAAGACUCUUGGGAGGAUGUCGCGCCGACAGAAGGCUGGUCGUGUAUAGCAGCACCCUGAAUGACCCAGAUAUCACGGUUUAUCCCGCCCAUGUGGCGCUUAUGACGCAGUUGUCUUAAACUCGAACUCGAGCGGGCAAUUGCUGAUUACGAUUAACCACUGAUUCCUGGGUCGCUGCUUCGUGGCCGUCGUCGGUUCCAUUUAUCAACUAUUAGCUCCAAUACAUAGCUACAGGUUUUUUUCUAUCGGUCUGCGGGUUUAUAUUCGUUAAUUUACAAUUGCAAAUUCGAAGUCACAGUACCCAAAUAGGAAUACAUAGUUAUUCUGGUGAAAUACAUAAAUAAAUACCAACCAUAACUUUUGC